AGUUACUGUAGGGGACCUCAACCUUGAAACCCGGGAAGUCACGGGCGGCCCGCCGUCUAUAAGAGCAGUCGGGCCCAAAAAUGAUUCCCACCCCACCAUCAUCACACCACUCCAAACUUCCUCCCUCCACAACUCCCACCACUCACACUACCAACCACAAGCUCUCUCAGCUCUUUUUCUCAAAAAGAACCACUCUCCAUCAAAAUGGGCAGCACCCAGCACCCUGCACCCUCUUUACCCGAUCCCAGCAUAGCCUAUGGGCUAUGGCUCAUGGCGGGGUUCAUGGCGGGGUUUCAAUGUUCACAACCCUCCUCGUAUUCCCGAGUCUCAAGUUCCAUUCAGCCUCCAGUAUCGCUGACGAGUACCACAUCAGGUCCCGACCACACUUGCAGCUGCGGUGCUUCGUGCCAGUGCCCUGCCGGCGCUUGCCAGUGCCCCAAGUAAAUCAACACACUUCUACCUAUCCAACGGUGCUUGCUGCUUGCAGAGUUACCAGUGGGAAAUAUCGCAAAUCGCUUUCGCUGAAUUUCCUUUCUUCUUUUCGACCGAGAUGCAGCGCGGGGGAUAUGCGGGCUGGAUGAUGUGACGAUCAGCUGAAUCGGAUGCCGAGGCUUCCGUUUCAUGGCUUUCUUUUUUGUGCUGUUGCUUUAGUGCAAGCUUGCAAACUAGAGAGAAAUUCAGAAUCGAGUUGAUUUUGAUCGACUGAGGUCAAUCUUGACGAUCGGCGGUUGCUGAGAUACUUUUAUUCCUGAUUUCC